UUUGCAAGGUCAGUUUCAAGUUAUCCCUGGCCAAAAAACAAGCCAACUUUGGCAACAUUGGAGAUCAAGUUUUGUUCACGAGCUAUGCCUUUAAAUUAGAUGAAUUUAGGCUGUAUUUAGUUGCUAUACUGCUUAAUACUUAUAAUGUGAGUAGUCUACAUAAUCUUGUUAUCAGCAAUAAAUGAUGACGCUGCAAGAUGCACUGAGGGAGAGAGAUUUGUAAACAAUAUGUGUAUUGAGUACUUUAAAUGAUAAUAAUAUUAAGCUGUGUUUCGUACAGCUGCUGUUGUAUAAAUUAUUAUCAGGACCCGGCGAGAAACAAAAGCCGGCAGAGUCGAGUCAGGGCACAGACAGCGGGCUCAUUAUCAGCAAGGGAGAGACAGACAGACAGACAGACACACAGACAGAGAGAGAGAGAAUUAAAAGUAAAAGAGAGUGAGAAAGAGAACGAGAGAGAUAACUGGAAGGGCGAUAGCAGUGCAAUUUAGUUUUUUGUUGGUCAGACAUCGUUGACUUGUUGAAACAGAGAGGCUGCCAAGACGUGACUUUCGAUUUCAGUUUGGAUUCUGUGCCGCAGGCAACAGACAGAAGACACAACCUGCCAUAAUUAUCUGGAUUCGCAGUCAGUUCGUCAACGUCUGCCUGUGCCUCAACAUGUGGCUGCUCUUGCCCAUACUCUGCUACUCGGUGAUCUAUCUAUAUGUGCGACACAUCUAUAGCUACUGGCAGCGCAAAGGUUUUCCAAGCGAGCAGGCAGCUCUGUCGUGGGAUUUUCUUUCCCAGGCCUAUCGUCGUGAAUUCCGGCACGUGGAGGCCAUAUGUGAGGCCUAUCAUGAGGGCAAGGAUCGUCUACUCGGCAUCUAUUGCUUCUUUCGACCAGUUUUACUCGUACGCAAUGUGGACCUCGCUCGCAACAUUUUGCAGCAAGCAAAUGGACAUUUUAUGGACUCCAAAUGGGAUUACGUUAAGGGCUAUAAGCGCUUCAAUCUGCUGGAGAAACUGGCUCCCAUGUUCAGUACAAAGCGUCUAAUGCCCAUGCUGAUUAAUGCUCAGGAUGUGGGUAAUAAUAUGAUACAACAUUUGCAGGAAAGAGAGGAGCGGGGUGAACUGGAACUGGAUUUGCAGCAAUUACUAAGAAUCUAUGCUGUCAAUAUUAUGGGCAAUUUGGUCUAUGGCUUGGAUGCAAAUAACUUUGAGCAACAGGAUCACAUACUCAACAUCUAUGCGAAUAGUCCUACUAGGCAAGGCCAUUUGAAAUCCUUCACACUGCGUGGCGUGCCUCAAAAGUCACCUUUGACCUAUCGCCUGCUGGACAUCAUCCAACACAAUGUGGAACAACGCGAGGAACGUGGCAUCAUACGCAAGGACAUGUUGCAACUGUUGGUCAAGUUACGCAAUGGCAACGAUUUAAGCAGCGAUAAGUGGCAAGUUGAACAUGCCAUAGAGGAAGACAAACUGAUGUCUGUUAAGCGACUAGCUCAAGUCGCUGAGGAUUUGCUGCAAUCCGCCUUGGAUAGUUUAGCCUCGACUAUUACCUUGACACUCUAUGAGAUCGCUCAACAGCCUUUGAUUGUAGAGAAACUGCAGGCUGAGAUUAAGGAACUUCACUUUAAAGAUGGUCAGCUGCAGUUUGAGCAACUGGAGGAUAUGAAAUACAUGGAUAUGUGUGUGAAAGAAACACUACGGAAAUAUCCGCCAGUUCCGCUCAUUGAAAGAACCUGCCGCAAAAGCUACACAUUGCCCAACACUAAAUUCACCAUAGGAGAAAACAAAACGUUAAUGGUGCCACUUUUGGCAAUACAAAGAGAUGAGAAAUACUUUAGUGAACCACUUAAAUAUAAACCACUACGUUUUCUCAACGAAAAACUCAAGCAAUCCGAACAAUGUCGAUCGACCUUUGUGGGCUUCGGCAUUGGAGGAGCACAAUGUGUGGCACAAAAUUUUGGCAAAAUGGUGAUUAAAGUGGCGUUGAUUAAACUGCUGCUAAACUAUCAUUUGGAAUGGGAUGAGAAUGCCCCAGUGGAGGUGUCACAUCUCCCUGCACCAAUAAUAACAUCAGCCAAUGGACUUAAGAUUAAAUUAAAAGCACGAGAAAUUUUAUCACAUAGUAACUAUCGCAAAAACUCAAUUUAAGAAAUGAAAUAUAAUUUGGAUAAGCAAACGAAUAUUUAAUUUAUGCAACACUUGCCGUUUGCUUACGCUUUUCAACACUUUAUUUAAGUGUUGUGUUUUUAGCUGUGCGCUCCUAAGAAUAUGCCAUAAAUAAAAUCCAUAUAGAAUGGCCUCAAACUCUU